AUGCCCAAACGCAAGCUCGACGAAGUCAGCGGCCCUGCGCCGCGCCCACGCCCAUCCAGCGAUACCCGCAAAAUGUCUAUUCAUGGCACUCGGUUGACACAAAUGUUCGAGAACGGUGUAUUGAUGAUCAUGCGCGGUCUCAAGACGUCGCGCGGCUUUGAGCGACAAAAGCUCAGUCGGCGAGAGAAGACAGCGAAGGCACAGAAGGACGAUAAGGCGUUGGCACGACUAAAGGAAGAAAUCGAGACUUUGAAGGGUCUCGAUUACCAUGCCACAUCCGAGCGAUACCUGUUCAAGCAACUUGUCAGAACGAAGCGGAUUGCCGAAACGAGGACGUUCGGGGAGUUCCAAGAAGUCAAGAAAGUCUCCCAGGAUGGACCGAAGAGUACAGCCGAAGCCAAUAUCCUGGCGCGACUGUUCAAAUCCACACCCGUGCAGAAGGAAAUCCCCGGCAUUAUGGCCGGUAUUCGGAAACUACUGAGAGUCGACGAGUUGCCGACCAACAAGGCUAAAAAAGACGACGACAAGAAGGAUGCGCCAACGAAGAAGUCACGAAAGGAGAGGAGCGGAUCCGAGUCUGAAUCCGAGGCAGCGACGUCAAACCCCCGGCGCGGCGAGCAGGUCUCCCGCAUCGCGAAUGACAUGGACAUCUCCGGCUCCGACGAAUCCGACGACGAAGACAUGUCACAAUUCAACUCACGUCUCGGGCCGGGCUCGGACUCCGAAGCAGACUCAGAGUCCGGCGACGAGGAAGAUCUCGCCGCAGACGAUAUCUCCGACUCCAUCUCCCGCUCCCCCUCACCCUCCUUCUCUGCCGCAGACUCCCCGCCAACUAAGAAAGUAAAGGGAACCAAGGGCUCUGCUGCUGCAGUUAAAAGCACGACAUUCCUGCCGUCUCUAAUGAAUGGUGGUUACUGGUCUGGCUCCGAAGAAGCUACCGACGUGGAAGAUGACGGCGCGAAGCCUGCCCGCAAGAACCGCAUGGGUCAGCAGGCGCGUCGGGCUUUGUGGGAGAAGAAGUACGGAGCUACUGCAAACCACGUUAAGCAGGAGCAGCUGGCUGCGAAGUAUGGUGGCAGAGAUAAUGGAUGGGAUACGAAACGCGGCGCAACUGACGGUACGAGAGGAGGGAGAGGCGGGAGAGGGGGCAAGCGUGGUGGUUUCGGGGGUGGAUUUGGACGGCCUCAGAACAGAGAUGAUUCUGCUGGUGCUCCUCACGCUGGGCAGCGUCCUGGUGGCAAGCCUAAAGCUCCGCAUAAGGAUGACACGGGCCCAUUGCAUCCCUCUUGGGAGGCGAAGAGGAAGCUCAAGGAACAGGCCCCAGUUGCGUUCGCUGGAAAGAAGGUUACGUUCGAUUAG